ACAAAAUGAAGGAAGUACUUUGUAUUCUGUUUCUUGUUCUUGUUUCAGUUUCAGAUGCAAAAGUAACGAAACCAAACACCGAAAACUUCCUCAGAUGUCUUCGUUCUCGGACAAGUCAAGCGCAACCGAUCACCCAAGCAAUCUAUACCCCUAAUAACUCCAGCUUCGUGACAUCUUACGUCUCCUACACGAAAAAUAAAAGGUGCUCAAACCCUAACAAUACAAACCUAAUAGCCAUCGUUGCUGCAGAACAUGAAUCUCAUGUUCAAGCAACAGUGGUCUGCGCAAAGUCCAACGGAGUCCAGAUCCGAACCCGUAGCGGCGGUCACGACUUGGAUGGCCUUUCCUACGUCUCGUCUAUACCUUUUGUAGUUCUCGAUAUGUACAAUCUCCGGUCUAUUACCGUUGACGUGCCAAGCAAGAAAGCUUGGGUUCAAGCUGGGGCCAUUUUGGGAGAGCUAUACACCAAAAUCGCUGAAAAGAGCAAAACGCUAGCGUUUCCAGCUGGUAUCUGCCCAACGGUAGGAGCAGGAGGACACAUCAGUGGUGGAGGGUACGGGAAUCUGAUUAGAAAACACGGACUCUCGGUGGAUCAUGUCGUUGAUGCUCAGUUAGUUGAUGCCAACGGCAAGAUCUUGAAUCGUGCCUCCAUGGGGGAAGAUCUGUUUUGGGCGAUCAGAGGCGGUGGAGGGGCAAGCUUUGGCGUUAUUCUCUCAUAUACAAUCAACCUAGUCGAGAUCCCAGAGACUAUAACAGUGUUUAAAGUUAACAAAACAUUAGAACAAGGAGGCACUGAUGUUCUGUACAAGUGGCAGCUUGUCUCUAGCAAGUUGCCUAAUGAGCUUUUCUUGAGAGCAAUGCCUGAUAUCAAAAUCGGAGCGAAACCCGGCGAUAAAACCAUCGCGGUUAAGUUCUACGCUCAGUUCUUAGGCUCAGCCAAGAAACUAAUGGAGAUUAUAAACAAGAACUUGCCUGAACUAGGGUUAAAACGUGAAGAUUGCUAUGAAAUGAGCUGGCUUAACACGACGUUGUUUUGGAUGAACUAUCCGCUUGGUGCACCAACGAGCAUUCUUCUGGAUAGACCAUCCGGUCCACCAGGACAAUUCUACAAGGGCAAAUCGGAUUACGUCAAGAAACCGAUACCUAGAGAAGGCAUGGAGAAGAUUUGGAAAACAAUGUUGAAGUUCAACAAUGUGUGGAUGCAAUGGAACCCUUACGGUGGAGUGAUGGACAAGAUUCCGGCGAAUGCUACGGCCUUUCCUCACAGGAAAGGGAACUUGUUCAAGAUUCAGUACUUUGCGUUAUGGACCGACGCAAACGCUACGGAUGCUAAUCUAGGUUUGAUGAGAGAGCUCUAUGGUGUGGCUGAGCCGUACGUGUCAAGCAACCCUAGAGAGACGUUUUUGAAUUAUAGAGACGUGGAUGUUGGAAGCAAUCCGAGUGGAGAGACAAGUAUUGAAGAAGCUAAGGUCUAUGGAUCGAAAUAUUUUGUGGGGAACUUGAAGAGAUUGAUGGAUGUUAAAGCUAAGUGUGAUCCUGAUAAUUUCUUCAGGUACGAGCAGAGUAUUCCUCCUCUUCUUGCAAUGUAA